AUGACUACGGCUGCUAGACCGACAUGGGCACCUGCUAAAGGUGGUAACGAACAAGGUGGAACACGAAUAUUUGGUCCUUCUCAGAAGUAUUCCUCCAGGGAUAUUGCUUCUCACACAACCCUCAAGCCCAGAAAGGAUGGUCAAGACACGCAAGAUGAACUAGAAAGGAGAGACCUCAAAGAGGAGUUGGUGGAGCGUGAGCGCAGACACUUCUCAUCUAAAGACAAGGGUUAUGGUGAGGAUAGAGACCGUAGAAAAAGUGGUCAUCACCUACUGGAAGGAUCAAGGAGAGAACUAGAGGACCGAAUUGUUCCACGCAGUGCUGAUGCUGAUGAUGCUGAUUUAGAUGUCAAAAGUGAUGAUGACAGUGAUGAAGAGGAUGAUGAUGAUGAUGAUGAUGAAGAAGAUGAUACAGAAGCACUUUUAGCAGAGCUUGAACAAAUCAAGAAGGAACGCGCGGAGGAAAAACUACGCAAAGAACGUGAAGAGCAAGAAGAGGAGCUUAAACUGAAAGAGGCCGAGUUGAUAAGAGGGAACCCUUUGCUUAAUAAUCCAACUUCAACUUCCUUCAAUGUUAAACGCAGGUGGGAUGAUGACGUGGUGUUCAAGAACCAAGCCCGUGGAGAAACCAAGGCUCCAAAGCGCUUCAUCAAUGACACCAUUCGCAGUGACUUCCAUCGCAAAUUUCUUCACAAAUACAUGAAGUGAAGUGUGUAAUCAUCCAUCCACUCCAAAUUUUGCUAAUAGGCAAAAACACAACAGUUUGUUAUCUUUGUUUCUAUAAUGCUUCAUAGUAUUGUUGAAUUUGUCAUCUGUCUUCUUUUCUUCCAUGAAACAUUUGGGAGGGAAUGGAUGAUUCAUUCUACUUGGAAUACUUAUCAUGUACAUUUCUGACAAAGUAGUCAUCCAUUUCGUCGACAAAAUUUUUAAAUAUUUAUUAGUACA